AUGGACCUCCUUCAAAUCAAACGACCAAGGAGUACUGUAUUUGCGGGCAAGCUCUUCAUGUUCGAUGGAGCAUGUGACGAUGGCCGCACCAGCCCAACGACCCAAGGAAAGAGUGCCUGCAGUAUCGCAAUCCCACAGCGACCUAGAGAACCGAGCAGUUUUGGUGGGAAUGAUUUUGUCAAUCCUUUCACCGAAGAAGACUUGACAUCAAGGAAAACCUCAGCGUCCCAAGAUGCUUCAUCCUAUUUUCGGCCAAAUGCCUUUCUAGGACAUCGAGACACAUUUGCACGACUCCUUCACCGACAAUUGUUCGAAAGUGACGAGGAGGAUGAAUCGACCGAGUCACCCUACACGUCAUCCCGACGGUUGAGUACUACUGUCAUGGCCUGGCUGCCUUACCCGGUCCUCUCUCUGAUAUUGCGAUACACUUCUUUUGAAGGCUACAAAUCAAUGCGUCUAGUCUGCCGUCAGUGGUAUAAUGAUCUCCCUCCACCGUCCUUCCCAGCCAUCCAUCGCCUGCCUCAAGAGACAAUACAACAAUUCCUUUCCUACCUGGACCCGGUUGAUUUCGAUGCUGCACGACAUACGUGUGCAUCUUGGUUCUUUGCCAGUCUGAACUGGAGAAUUUUGCGAUCAAUGCUGAAAUCGGCCGGGUGCACGUUGGGAUUCCAGACCGAUGGAGCACUGACGAGAGAGCGUAGAAGGACCAACACACUUUCACAGUCCAGCGACACCAUCCCGAUAUUCCCACAAUUUUAUGCUAGUCCCAACAAAGAAUGGCUCUGUCACAAAAGGUUGGCGACUGAAGCAAGAUUGUCGCUUGGGUGGCGUGGGGCCUUCACCCUUGGUCCCUCACCAAGUGAGAGUAGACUGUCCCUGACAGAUGAGAUACAUUUUCACCAAAUCCUAGGCGAAAAUACUACCACGUCUGCGAGGCCGAGCUUCACCGUUUCUACAUGUGGAAAGUUUGUUCUGAUUGUGCAUGGGAAUAACAUCUCCGUCUAUGGUCUUUGGAAUUCUGAAGAACCGAUGCGGCCAAUCGUUAAAUUAGCUGCAGGCUGUGCAAUCUUCAAGGUCAGCAUGGAUACAAGUGCAGACCGAUAUGCUGUCGCAGCUAUUCUUUCCGGUCGCAAGGGCAUGCUUUGGGAGCUGGUUAAGAAUUCCAACAAAACUCGACUUCGCAGUAGCUCUGGGGAGUCACUUUGCCUUGGGAUGCAAGCCACCAUACACGGUUCUGCCAUCACGCCAGUCUCACAGCAAGUUGCAGCAAACCUCUCUUUGCUCGCACCGGAACAGCCUGCAGAUUCCAAAAGGACCGUUUCCGGAAACGGUUUCGAUCCAGAUUUCACCGCCUGUCACUCAGAUGAAUCAUGUCAAGGCCUCUCAAGAGAGGCACUGCCAGGUUCACAAGAAGAGGAGCAGGUCUAUGGAGCACCUAUUCAGACCAUGGCUACAGCGUUAUACACCAACCUUGGCAGUUCAGACGACCCUCCAAGAAGCGUGGCGAUUUGUCCGAAUCGAAAAUGUGUGGCAUUUGGUAGUCGAAUGGGAAUAGAGCUUCACUGGAUUGACGCAUUGACUGGCGGAGAUCUGAAUAGGUGGUUCCCGUUAGCAGCACCGAGCGACUUCCUGUACUUUCUCCCUAUCAGGGAAGAUAUUGACGCGGAAAAGAAGCUCAGGUUAAUAUCCAGCGCAUUAGGUCCAAAGACUAUUACGCUCAGAAGAAGCGAUAGCUCACAGGCGACCCAGGGUCCUCAGGCCACCUCGCCUGUUCAUGGGCGUCGCCAGAGCAUGACUAGAUUGUUCUUUGGAAGCUUGCCCUUUCCCGCGCCGACCUCUUCAAAUAGAGCAUCUCCUUCUCUACCGCAAUUGCAGAAUGAAGAGGCUCAAGGAGUCUUGCGAAUGGUGGAUUGCGAUCAUUAUCGUGCGAUUCCUCUCAGUGAUGGCUCCCAUCUCCUCUUCAUAGAUGCUUUGACAGGGCUACUUUGCUUAGGAAGCGAUGCACCCCUGGGAGGCUCUACCAAACUCAUACGAAAGGCGGUCUUUGUCCCACCCGCCGACACAAUUACGGAACCUGCAAAAGGUCUUCCGAUACGAUAUGCUUGUGGGAGAGAUCUCCGAUAG